AUGGGGUUUCCAGAUCUUCAACCACUCUUGCAAAGCCUCCUGGAAUCAGGCAGGUACUCCGACCUAACGAUAUCAUGUGAAAGCCGUAAGUUCGGAGUACACUGCACCAUAGUCUGUUCCCAAUCAUCCGUUUUCGAUGCCGCAGUCGAAGGAGAAUUCAAGGGGGCUGCUUCUUCGCAAAUCGACCUACCCGACGAUGAGUUACCAACCAUUCAACAAGUUAUUACCUUUCUUUCUAUUCAAGAUUAUAAUGAAAAUGGCAUUCCAGACAUUGAAGAUAAAAGGUCUAUUUCGGGUGAAGAUAUAGAGUCCCACGCAGUUUUGUGGAACAACCUCGGCGUUUUUAUGGAAAUCGAUAAAUUUGACAUUGCUCCUCUAAAACGGCUUGCGAGAACUCGCCUUAUCAACUGGAUUGACAAAAAUGCUAACUGA